AUGCCACUGCAGCUGCUUCUGCUGCUGCCCCUGCUAUGGGGAGUGGCCACGGCUCAGGAUCAGAGCUACCGUCUGGAACUACCGGAGUCCGUGACAGUGCAGAAGGGCCUGUGUGUGCUCGUGCCCUGCAAAUUUUCCUAUCCCAGGACCACCUUUGGAACCCUCCAUGUGUUUUGGUUCCGGAGAGGGGUGUAUAGAUACCGUGAUCAUCUAGUGGCCACAAACAAACCAAAACAGAAGCUGCAUGAGAGCACCCAGGGCCGGUUCUUCCUCCUCGGAGACCCCGAAGCCCACAACUGCUCCCUGAGCAUCAGAGACGUCAACAUGGGGGACAGUGGGACGUACUUCUUUCGAAUACAGAAAUACCUCACGAAGUACUCAUAUCUAGAUAAGACGCUCUCUCUGCGUGUGACAGCCCUGACCCACAGGCCCAACAUCCUGAUCUUGAGGACCCUAGAGUCCGGCCGCCCCGGAAGCCUGAUCUGCUCUGUGUCCUGGGCCUGUGAGUGGGGCACACCCCCCAUCUUCUCCUGGACAUCAGCUGCCCUCACCUCCCUGGGCCCAAGGACCCACCUCUCCUCAGUGCUCACCCUCACCCCACGGCCCCAGGACCAUGGCACCAACCUCACCUGUCAGGUGAAUUUCCCUGCAGCUGGUGCAACCGUGGAAAGGACCAUACAGCUCAAUGUCACCUAUGCUCCACAGAACAUGGUCAUCAGCAUCUUCCAAGGAAACAGCACAGCCCUUGAGAUCCUGCAAAAUGCCUCGACCUUUCCCAUCCUGGAGGGCCAGGCUGUGCGGCUGCUCUGCAUUGCUGACAGCAACCCCCCUGCAGAGCUUAGCUGGUUCCGGGGGUGCUCAGCCCUGAACACCACCCCCAUCUCCACCACUGCCAUCCUGGAUCUUCCUCGCGUAGGGACUACAGGAGGAGACUUCACCUGCCUCGCUCGGCACCCACUGGGCUCCCAAAAUGUCUCUGUGAGCCUCUCCGUGGUCUGUAAACCAGAACCCAGGGCCAGUGGCGUCCUGGGAGCAGUUGGGGGAGCUGGCAUCAUGGCCUUGGUUUCUCUCAUCCUCUGUCUCCUCUUCAGAGUGAAGACCUGCAGGAAGAAGGCAGCCCAGCCAGUGCAGAGCAUGGACAAUGUGAACCAAAUUGAGGCCUCAGGCUUUGGGGCGCAUCAGCACCGGUUCUGGACAGACUCCCCUUCAGACCACCCAACCCCUGCUGGGGUGAGCCCCACCUCAGGAGAGGAACCGGAGAUCCACUAUGCUUCCCUCAGAUUUCACGAGGCUCCCAAAGAAAAAGGCACCAACAUCGAAUACGCAGAGAUCAGGACACACAAGUGAGGAAUUAUUUUCUCACAGUUCUGGAGGCUGAAAGUCUGUGAUCAACAAGUCAGCAUGGUUGCUUCCUUCCGAGGCCUCUCUCCUGGGCUUACAGACAGCU